AUAAAGUUUCAUUUGUCAAAAUAACAGGAACAGGAAACCUACUCUGCGGCGCGUGCGCACUGGGCAGGUUACGGCGGCAAGCGCGAGGUGGACGUUGAGGUCAGUGCAGCAGUGAGUCACUUCUGACAGAGGGGAAAGUCUUCAGUCUCGGGUGGUGAGUCCACUUCUCUGUAAAGAUGGACUUCCAGCACAGAGCCGGCGGGAAGACCGGCAGCGGCGGGGUGGCAUCGGCCUCGGAGAGCAACCGGGACCGACGGGAACGCCUGCGCCAACUCGCUUUAGAAACCAUAGACAUCAACAAGGACCCUUACUUCAUGAAGAACCAUUUGGGAUCUUACGAGUGCAAGCUGUGUCUCACGCUGCAUAAUAAUGAGGGGAGUUAUCUGGCUCACACACAGGGAAAGAAGCACCAGACUAAUUUAGCACGAAGAGCAGCUAAAGAGGCCAAAGAAGCUCCGGCCCAGCCAGCACCUGAGAAAGUAAAGGUGGAAGUGAAGAAGUUUGUAAAGAUCGGGCGACCAGGUUACAAAGUAACGAAACAGAGGGAUCCGGAGACUUGUCAGCAGAGUCUGUUGUUUCAGAUUGACUAUCCUGAGAUUGCAGAAGGAAUUGGACCCAGACACCGAUUCAUGUCUGCGUACGAGCAACGUAUUGAGCCGCCAGACCGUCGGUGGCAGUACCUGCUCCUGGCAGCCGAGCCCUACGAAACCAUCGCAUUUAAGGUCCCAAGCAGAGAGAUAGACAAAUCAGAAAGUCGCUUUUGGACUCACUGGAACAGAGAAACUAAACAAUUUUUUCUUCAGUUCCAUUUCAAAAUGGAGAAGCUCCUGGCUCCGCCUGGUGGACCUGCAGCUCCUGCCACCAUCAAGCGCCCGCCUCCUCUGAUGACUGGCCUCGGCAUUCAACCUCCGACUGACGGCAUGCCCCCUCCUCCACCUGGAGGAAUUCCAGGGAUGCCCCCACCUCCACCCAACGCCCCUCCACAAAUGCCCCAUGUCUCUGGCUUACCUCCUGGUGCUCUGCCACCCCACCUACGUCCACCGCUACCCACUGAUGGAAUUCCUCAUUCAGCAAGCAACUGAGUGACGUUUAGAAGUGUUUCUUUUUUUCUUUCUUUUUUUUACCUUUACGUUGGAUUUUGAUUCAGCAGGUGUUCUGUGAACUUUCCCAAAUCAGUCUGAUUUGUGUAAAUAAGAACAGCAGGGGUGUGGUGCUAAUUGUUGGUAUUUUUAUAACCGCAUUCCUGCUCAGAUCAGAGCAGCCAUCUGUUCUCUUGGAAACCCAAAAUGUUUCAGAUUUCAUGUGCAAGCUGUAAUAACUCUGUAAUAAUUCUGUAAUCGUUUUUGGAGGUCUGCUUAGUCGGGUGCCUAAAGCUAGCUUGAUCUUCAAGCUCCAAUCUACAAUUUAGAGUAUUUUUUACUUUUAAUAAGACCUUUCUUAUGUGAGACCACCACAACCACAUGUGAGACCACUCUAACAUUAUCAAAUUAUUGUUUUUAGGUUGUUUUUUUCAAACGUUUAUUAAAAUCUGAUAUGGUUCA